UUUUAUGUUUUGUGAUUACCGAGUGGAAGAUGUAAGAAGGUCAGGUCGUAGGUCGUAGGGUCGAUAUGACGAUUAUUUGUGAUUCUUGUGGGGAUGAGGAGAAAGAGGGAAGAGGUAUUUUUGAAAGGUGGGUUUUAGGUUUAUUUGGAAUAUGACAAAGAGAAGGAAGGUCUGUUUAAACUCGGGUAAGAGGAAAGAGUCGUAUGUGAAGAUGGUGAAGAACUCGGGCGGAGGUAGAGCGGGUGAAGAUUUCGUCAAUGGUUUUGAAGGCCUGAAAAUGUGGAGGUUCAGGAAGACUUGUGUGUUUUGAAUUUUGCUUAUCUCCGUGUGGAAUGGUCGUAGUGAUAAGAAAAACAGAACCGUUUUCCUUGUUCGAUAUAACUUGAAGAGAAGUAGUGGCGAGGUUUCGUUAAAAGAUUCAAGUGACUUGGAAAAUAUUGAUUAUCGUGGGUGUGGGGUCCGUGAGAUAGUCAAAGACGGAUGAAAGGUGUGUCUGAUCACUUAGAGUAAACGAAACAAGUCUCACGGUUGUAUAGACGAUGAGAAGUAGAGCUAAAGUUGAUAAAAACGAAAGACCACCUGGUUUCUUUUGGCUUUUUAUAUGGCG